CGGACAAGCAACCACCAAAGUCCUCUUCUCGGUCCCAAGCGAGAGUCUUUCUGCAGCGCUAAACCUCUCCCCAUCUUUUUUUCUGUUCAUUGCCAAGUAAGUGUGAGAGAGGGAGGGUGGUACGGACUAUAAAUACAGUCUUUCUCUGUAAUUUUCGCUUCGAUUCUGAGAGUAAUGCACUGCAAGACUCAUUGAUAAGGAAGGAGUAUUGACGAACAUGGCAUUUCAAGGGAAGAAGUUCAUCAACGACCCUAAUGAUGCGGUGACUGAGUUCAUUGAGGGUCUUGUAGAAACUUAUCCCGGGUUGCAAUAUUUGGAUGGCUUCCCAGAGGUUAAGGUUGUUUUACGUGCUGAUGUUUCCAGUGCAACGAAUGAUAAGGUCGCGGUUAUUUCAGGAGGUGGAAGUGGCCAUGAGCCAGCUCAAGCCGGAUAUGUGGGAGAAGGGAUGCUGACCGCAGCUAUCUGUGGAGAUGUUUUUGCCUCUCCACCUGUUGAUUCAAUUCUAGCUGGCGUACGAGCUGUGACUGGUCAUGCGGGUUGCCUCCUCAUUGUAACGAAUUAUACUGGUGAUCGGCUAAAUUUUGGCUUGGCUGCUGAGCAAGCAAAAUCUGAAGGCUUCAAAGUUGAGAUGGUAAUUGUUGGAGAUGACUGUGCUCUACCACCACCCCGGGGCAUAGCUGGACGAAGAGGUUUGGCGGGGACUAUUCUUGUUCAUAAGGUUGCCGGAGCUGCCGCAGCUUCUGGCCUCUCUCUUACUGAUGUUGCGGCAGCAGCAAAACAUGCAUCUGAGAUGGUUGGAACAAUGGGUGUCGCACUUUCUGUUUGCACACUACCAGGCCAGGUAACAUCAGACCGUUUGGGCCCAGGAAAGAUGGAGCUUGGUCUUGGAAUUCAUGGGGAACCAGGUGCUGCUGUGGCUGACCUCCAGCCUGUGGAUGUGGUGGUUUCUCAUGUUCUUCAGCAAAUACUAUCACCGGAAACUAACUAUGUUCCCAUUACACGAGGGAGUAGAGUGGUGCUCAUGAUUAAUGGAUUAGGUGCUACCCCAAUUAUGGAGCUGAUGAUUGCUGCUGGAAAAGCAGUUUAUAGAUUGCAGCUGGAGCAUGGACUCGCUGUUGAUAGAGUCUAUACAGGAUCAUUUAUGACUUCUCUUGAUAUGUCAGGAUUUUCAAUUUCCGUCAUGAAGGCGGAGCAAGAAAUUUUACGAUGGUUGGAUGCUGCAACCAAGGCGCCAUAUUGGCCUGUUGGUGUUGAUGGCAAUCACCCACCUGCCAAGAUACCUGUCCCAAUUCCUCCAUCUCGUUCAACAAAAAAUGAUGAGUCAUCAAGUCGACCACAACAUCUAAGUCCACAAGGCCAUAUUCUUGAGGCAGCUAUUGAAGCAGCAGCAACUGCAACUAUCAAUAUCAAGGAUAGUUUGAAUGAAUGGGAUAGCAAAGUCGGUGAUGGUGACUGUGGGUCAACGAUGUUUAGAGGCGCAACAGCUAUUCUUGAAGACAUGAAAAAGCAUUAUCCUUUAAAUGAUGAUGCAGAAACAGUGAAUGAAAUUGGAUCUUCUAUCCGAAGAGUUAUGGGAGGAACAAGUGGCAUCCUAUACAAUAUAUUCUUUAAAGCAGCAUAUGCACAUUUGAAGGCAAACAACAACUCAGUUGUUACACCAGUGCAAUGGGCUGAUGCACUUGAUGCUGCCAUUGCUGCAGUCAGUAAAUAUGGAGGGGCUAGUGCAGGUUAUCGCACAUUGUUAGAUGCCCUUAUUCCAGCAUCAUCAGUUCUUAAAGAGAGGUUAAGAGCUGGUGAUGAUCCGGUCAAUGCUUUUGUUCUCUCUUCUCAAGCAGCAUUGGAUGGUGCAGAGUCUACUAAACACAUGCAGGCUCAGGCUGGCCGUUCAACAUAUGUGUCGGGAGAGAUCCUUUUGUUGGUUCCAGACCCAGGUGCCAUGGCUGCAGCUUCGUGGUAUAGAGCAGCAGCCUUAGCAGUCCAGGACAAGUGCCGGGCCUCCUAAACAUUUGGAUCUAGCUAUCUCCAUGCUCCUUUUUGGCAGAAUUAAUGCAGUAAAUUUUUGUUCACACUGAACACUCUUUAACAUUGGCUUUCCGCUUAUGCGAUCUUCGUGUAAAGCUGAGAAAGAGAGAUCAACCAUACAUGUUUUAAAGUGCCAUGGUGAAUCUAAGAUCUGAAAUUAACUAAAUUAUAAGUUAAUUUCAAAAUUUGAGCAACGAGCUGUAACUUUUACAAUGUUGAUUAUUUCUAAUUCUAACUAUUAUAAGCAUAAAUCAAAAACUUUAAACACAUUAAUGUGGAAUCUGCUUUGGUGUUUAAUACGGUUUGUUUGAUGUCA